UGAAGACGAAGCGCCAUAGCCACGGUAGCCCUGGCGACAAGAACCCGGCAACGAGAAUCAACAACAACAACGACUGAAUCGGCCAUAAAUUUAAAAGAAGAGCUUUUAACGCCGGGAAUUACAUACGUGGAAUCACAGGGUAAUUACCCAGCCAGUGUAAUGGCCACCUCGGGCUAUGUCGGCGAAAUCCAGCCAACAGCCCCAUCCCAAGGGACUGUUGUCACUUCUGGACAGCCCGAUGCAAGCUCCACAUCAGCAACGACCCCUCAGUUCCUGGCUGAGAUUCAGACCACUGUGGUUCCCCCUACUGUUGUCACCCCGACAGCCCAGACUGCACCCAUUGAACAAGCCACUUCCAUCAGCACUCAGAAGCCCACUGCUGGCAGUCAAACCCAGUCUGCUGCUCAGACUCAGCCUGCACAAACACAUUAUGUAACAGCUGAAAUCCAAGGCUCCCCCACACAAUCUGGAAAUGGCCAAAGUGCUCCUCAGUACAUCGUUGUUACAGUUACAGCAGAGGGUUCCCUUCACUCAAACGACAGUGUAUCCGACUCCAGUUCCCCUCCAGCCGUCGUGCAGACCGGAGUUCCCACGCAGGUCGUUCAGCAAGUCCAAACAGCCCAGCAGAGGUCAGUGGUCCAGGCCACCUCACAGAUAGCCAAGACUGAGCCGGGCACACAGCUCAAUGUCACCAGUCUACAGCCAGUCCACAUCAGCCCAGAGGUCCAACAGCAGCUUGCACCAGUGCAGGUGCAACAUGUGUACACCAAUCAGGUGCAGUAUGUGGAAGGAGGAGAUACCAACUACACCACCAGCACGAUUCGUUCCGGCACCUUCCCUUAUACUGACACAGCCCUGUACACCCAGACCACUGCUGGCCAGUAUUAUGAAGGUCAGGCGACCUCAGGCACUCAGGCUUCCACCCCUGGUACGCCUCUAACUGUCUCCGUGACCACUGGCACAACAGGAGCCGUGUCCAUGUUUGUGGCUCAGCCUAGCAGUGCAACAGGGGGAGGGACUACGGUGGUCUCCACAGGUGGUACCACAAAUGGGUCAGGGGAUGGGGCAGGCACUAAUGGUGGUGCCACGGGAAGUUAUGUGAUCCAGGGGGGUUACAUGUUGGGCAGCAGCAGCAGCAGUAGCAGCGGCGGCUCAAGCGGCAACAGUCAGAGCUACGCCCACACCGCCCGCGCCUCCCCAGCCACUGUGAGUAUAACGGAGGGCGAGGAGAGUAGCGUGCCGUCGGCAGACAAGAAGGUACAGUGGUUGCUGGACAACUACGAAACUGCCGAAGGAGUCAGUCUGCCACGCUCGACCCUCUACUGCCACUAUCUGCUGCAUUGCCAGGAGCAGAAACUUGAGCCUGUGAAUGCCGCCUCUUUCGGGAAACUCAUUCGAUCUGUUUUCAUGGGACUACGUACACGACGCCUUGGCACACGGGGCAAUUCAAAAUAUCACUACUAUGGUCUAAGAAUCAAGGCGGGCUCUUCUCUUCUCCGCCUAAUGGAAGAUCAGCAACAUCUGGCUAUGAGGCAACAGCCCUUCUCUCAAAAGCAGAGGUUGAAGCCUGUGCAUAAAGUGGAGGGAAUGACCAAUGGGACAGCUUCGGGAGCGGGACAGCAGCAACUUCAGCAGCAAGGUUCUGGACAGGUGGACAUCAGCACCCAGGUUCAGCAGUACCAGCAGUUCCUCGAUGCAACCAGAACACUUCCCGAGUUCCCAGAUAUUGACCUCCAGGGGAAGUCCCCGCCCGAGGGUAUCGAACUGGAUCACAUAAAGAGCUUUCAGCUGCUCUAUAGAGAACACUGUGAGGCCAUACUGGACGUGAUGGUCAAUCUUCAAUUUACCCUAGUGGAGACCCUUUGGAAAAGCUUCUGGAGGUUCAGUCAGAGUCAGGCUGGAGAUGCCACACUGGCUGUGCACGAUGAAUCAGAAAAGCGUCUCCCGAAGUCAUGCCUGGUGCUGCUGUGCAAAUAUGACCCGGUGCUGCGAUGGAGCCGUGACUGUGACAACAGCCUCUAUCAGGGCCUGGUGGAGAUCCUCAUCCCUGAUGUCCUCAGACCAAUCCCCAGUGCCUUAACUCAAGCCAUUCGGAACUUUGCCAAAAGCCUGGAAAGCUGGCUGACCAACGCAAUGAUGAACAUUCCCGAGGAAAUGGUUCGCAUCAAGGUAACAUCAGCCAAUGCAUUUGCCCAGACCCUGCGGCGCUACACCAGUCUGAACCACCUGGCCCAGGCCGCUCGUGCUGUCCUCCAAAACACUGCCCAGAUCAACCAAAUGCUCUCUGACCUCAACCGUGUUGACUUUGCUAACGUUCAGGAGCAAGCCUCAUGGGUGUGCCGCUGUGAAGACCGCGUCGUGCAACGCCUGGAGCAGGACUUUAAGAUGACCCUCCAGCAGCAGAAUUCCUUGGAACAGUGGGCUGCCUGGUUGGAUGGUGUGGUUUCCCAGGUGUUGAAACCCCACCAACACAGUCCUACCUUCCAGAAGGCUGCCAAGCUGUUCCUGCUCAAAUGGUCCUUUUACAGUUCCAUGGUGAUUCGGGACCUUACCCUGCGGAGUGCAGCCAGUUUUGGCUCCUUUCACCUGAUUCGCCUUCUGUAUGACGAGUACAUGUACUACCUGAUAGAGCAUCGAGUAGCCCAGGCUAAAGGAGAGACCCCCAUUGCCGUCAUGGGAGAGUUUGCCAGUUUAGGACGAGGUCUAAUCAUGCUGGAUGGUGACAAAGAAGAAGAAGAGGAAGAGGAGGAGGAAAGCGAUGAGGAAAGCCAGGAGCUGUCCCUGCCGUCAGAUGCCGUCGUGUUAGGAGACGAAUCUCUGGAGCCUCCUGCCAAGCUGGCCAGAACAGACCAGCGGGUCCUCUUCACUACCGGACCGGCUGACAACUAAACAGCGUUAUACCACUAGAAGACAUGUUUAUAUACAUCAGCUAUUGUAAAUGUUGUGCACACUUUUGCUGCAGUCUGUCCCGCUUACUAUUUGUUUCUUGCUGGUCAAUGCACACACACACCCACACACACACACUUGUUUGAUGGAUUAAAUUUACACAUUAGUGUAAGAAACGGAUCCCCCCCAAAACAAAAAGAUGCAAUGUGCAUUUUGACCUUGAUUUGUGUAGAUCUUUUAAGAAGACAUUUUGCCCAGUCACUGCAUUGGCACUUAAGAGCCUGUGUCUCUCUCCUGUCUGUGAAACUAGUGACAUUUUUUUUCCACAAAAUGUGACUGCUCAAUUGAAAAAAAUCACUGAACCUAAAGUGUGUAUAACUGGACCUUGAGCUUUUAAAUGUCUGCCAAUUGUUGUUGUUUUUUUGUUUUUUUUAACAGGAAAUUCAAAAUUGUGGAGAUGUUUAGUGUGAUUCUUGUGUGUGUGUGUGUGUGUGUGUGUGUGUGUGUGUGUGUGUGUGUGUGUGUGUGUGUGUGUGUGUGUGUGUGUGUGAGAGAGAGAGUCCACUGUCGUCUCAGUGUGUUUGAAUGUACACGGAAAUCAUGUUAAAGUGUGUUGGUCUGAUUGUGUGUUUGUGAGUCACGGCACGUUGUUCACCCACAGGCGAUUCCUAAGUCCUUUCAUUUUCCCACGAGAGACGUGUUCAAUUCACUGCCUGUAAAGAGACAUUGGUGUGUUCUAGGAGUGCCUGUCACAGCUGCUACUCACCUGUACAGAUAAAGCCACAGCUGUGGAAUAAGGACUCUCCUGUGUUGCUGCAAAAAUCUUGAGUGUGUGUCACAUGACUUUGUUUCAAGUGCUUCAUCUGUGUUUUAAUUUAAGCCAUUAUUGUGCCCUCAUUUUCUUCUGGGAAGUAAUUUUGUCCUCACAUUUCAUGAUCUUUUUUCUCUCUGUGCCAAACCUGUUUUCUUUUAUCCUUGUGUGAAAGGAUUUUUCCGCGCCUGAGUAAGAACAGUGACAUAUUCCACUUUUAAUUUUCCAUUCUUUUGCAUUUUAUUGUCACUAAGUGAACCUGUUGUGCAGUGUAAGGUGCUGUGAUGUCACACAUUGUAGAAAACCCUUGUAUGAAUUUUUUUUUGUUUUAUUUUAUUUUGUGGUUGUAUUGUUACCGAUCCCCAUCUCAUAUCUGAAGACUUAUCCACACAUAGGCUAAGACCGAGCCUCUUUGCACAUCUUGUCUUAUCAUACAAGUCUGACACAAUUCUCUUCAGAUCGUUUUUUUCUGCAUUGCGUGUUGAAAAGUGAGGUACAAUGUGUGACACAGUUUAAAUGAAGAUCACACCCCUGCGGUUUUAAAGUGCGCUGUGAUGCUAUUCUGCUCUGCCCUCUACCACAUCAUUGCAUUCCUGCUUACUUUUGCGUCAUCAACCCAUCUUUCUAAACACUGUCAGUAACGAUGCUAGUGUUGUGUUUACGUUGACUCUUUAAUCACUACAAGGUAGGCCUAUUUGUUUUUCAGGGCCGUUUGAAGCCUCAAACCAGCACAUCUAUUAUUUUUAGGGAGUCCCAAUUCUAUACCCCGGCUGAUUACAUAUCACGCCAGUGUUUAGAUGAUUAAAAAAAUGUCAUUGUUGAGUAAAAUGUUUAGUCUUUUUUAAAGUGCAUUGUUUCUUAUGAAAAUACAAAGUUAGUAAACUAAAGAUGUUCAGUGGCAGUGUUUUAUGGAUUUGGUCUACUUUAAGUAUGACUGUGCCUUUGGAGGUGGUAGAAUGCAAUUCAGAUGUUUAAUUUUAAAUACAGUAUAUUAAUUAAAGACUUUUUAAAAUUGCA